AUGCAAGCAUUCGGGUGCCAGACGUACAUACUGACACCAAAGGAGAAUCGGCUUAAGUGGGAUCCAAAGGCUCGCACUGGCAUAUUCGUGGGAUGCGAAGAAGUGUCGAAGGCGUAUCGAGUUUAUGACAUUGAGGCGGGACAGGUGGUUAUCUGUCGCGAUGUCAACUUCGACGAGUCCACCUUUGGACUUCCGCCGCCGAUCACUGAUGAAGAUGCCGAUGACCUGGACUUUGAAUUGCUUGACCUCAAUGAUGAAGAGCCGCGUCAGGUGGAGUACAAGCAAACAGGCAAGCGCAAAAACCGCCUCAGUGAUGAAGAUACAGCAGCUCCACGGCCACGUGCAGUGCGUCAACGACCUGGACUAGAAGAGUCAAGCGUAUUGUGGGUUGACGGUUGA